UGAAAAACUACAUUAGAGAAAGAAAACGACACACAUGUUAAAGCAGAAUGGGUUUAGAAAUGGUCAGAGGAGAGUUGAGGAUUUUGGGAGUGGGAAUCGAUUUCUUGUGUGUCUGUAGCUACGGAUUCGAUUCGAGUGACCAAAGGAACUCGAUUUAUUGGUUCUAAAGUCUCCAAAUCAGAAAAUUCAGAGACGAGCCCUAAAUGGCAGCUCCGGAAGAUUCAAAGAUGUCUCCGGCGAAUUCGUUUGGAGCUGUCGUUCUCGGCGGUACGUUUGAUCGAUUACACGAUGGGCAUCGAAUGUUCCUCAAGGCGGCGGCGGAGCUGGCCAGGGAUCGGAUCGUAGUGGGAGUCUGUGAUGGCCCAAUGUUGACGAAAAAGCAAUUCUCUGACAUGAUUCAACCCAUUGAAGAAAGGAUGCGUAAUGUGGAGACCUAUGUCAAGUCUAUCAAGCCCGAGCUGGUUGUACAAGCCGAACCCAUUACAGAUCCAUAUGGCCCUUCUAUCGUAGAUGAAAAUUUGGAAGCUAUUGUUGUCAGCAAAGAGACAUUACCUGGUGGCUUGUCAGUUAACAGAAAAAGAGCAGAAAGAGGUCUUUCACAGCUUAAGAUUGAAGUUGUGGAAAUAGUUUCUGAUGGAUCGAGUGGAAAUAAGAUAAGUUCAAGUACUCUGAGAAAAAUGGAGGCUGAGAAAGCGUCUAAACAAAAACAACCAGCAGAAGAAAAAGCAUCAUGAACUCAUCAUAUAUAAACUCUCAACUUUGCAUGUAAUUUAAUACUCUUUUGUAUACUCAAAAUGCUGUAAAUUGGAUGCAAUAGAUCAAUAAAGGUCCAAGCUUUGCAUUCUUUAACUCGGAAUAUGAACUAGUCCUGUAAAAUCAACUUUUGGUCAAUAAAGGUCAAGACUUUUUGCACAAUAAAGGUCGAGACUUU